CCUGUGUUUAUUUCACAGCGUCGGCACGUAACACGAUUCUUGUUUCCAUGCCGAAACUUCAAAGCCAUGGACGGUUUUCAAACGAACACGGCUUUUUAAUUACAAGAUAAAUAAAAGAUGCAUGACCCAUUCGCAGCAGAUGAAUGAAUUUGGCAAUUCUCUAAGGAAGACAUUAAAAAUGGUGACCAAAACUCCAUUGUCUACAAUAGCGCAGGCGUUUGAAGAGUUAUCGCAGUGUGGAACCAAGGAUGAAGGGCUUCCGUUGGAUAAAUUCUGCGAUGCUUGUUCUUUGGUUUCUGUUCUUUUUAACUCCCUCGGUCUCGCCUUCAAAUUCGCGGAGAUGGAGUACGUCGCCAAGGUAGGUAAUCUUGUGGAAGCAUCAAAAAGGUUUGCCACUUUAGAAAAUAUAGUUGAUGCAGAUGUAGGUAAUGGGACAGUGAAAAAACAGAGAAGCCCUUCGCGAGAUCUGCGUCGUGUUAGGCAGGGUCUUGACCUCGUACGAGCUUUAUUUGAACAAUUUUUGUCAUCCAAGGAUUACUCAUUGAGAAACGCAGCUUCAACAGCUUAUGCUCAAGUAUGUGCACCGUAUCACACAUGGGCGGUAAGGACUGCUGUUUCUGCUGGAAUGCAUACACUUCCAUCAAGGGAACAACUUCUGCUGAAACUCAACGAAACAGAUCAUUCAGCAAAGAAGAAAAUGAGAAGGUACAUCAAAGCUUCACGCCCACUGAUUGAUUACAUCGAUAAGCUUUAUAUUUCUAGAAAGAUCAGGUUGGACUGGUGAAUUAGUUAUCAAUUUGGGGGUCUUUCUUUCGACCUGCUAAAUUCUAAAUCCUUCAUGAACAACCUUGUUUGUUCCCAGAUGGGAGCAUCAUCAAAGUCUAAUGACACAAUCCUAGGUUUCAAUUCAUACAAGGAAAGAAGUUCAGGUUGUUUGUUUGUUUAUAAUAAAACCAACUGAUUCCAUGGAAAGCAAUAUUGUUCUAUCUUCAAGAAAGGAAUCUUUGGUUUAUUUGUACAUUAAAAAAAGCUGAGAGCUGACAGAAAACAAGAGAAUUUGCCUUACUAUA